AUGUCGAGGUUCGAAUCUGAUCAACCAUCUGUGAUCAUCACUACAGAACUAUGGCUCGGGGAUUACGGCCCUGACAGGGGUUCGGUAGCGACCCAACCGUCCGAGACACCAAGUUCUAUGUCAAGUAUCACGCCAACAUCAGCUGCACCCGCUCCCGCGAACGGCGUCUCGACAACUUCCGUGGUUAUACUAGGCAUUAUACUCGGUCUCUCCUCCGUGAUAUUCCUUUUCUGUUUUCUCUACAGGGGCACGUUCAAACGUGGCGUUGAUAAGACAGCCAAUAAACAAAGGUUCCGGCCGCGAGGUGGGGGUUAUGGUCACCGCUGUCACUGUCAUCCAGGGAUACGCGGUCUUUCUGGUCCCUGCGGCCCUCAGGGCCCGCCAGGUCCACCUGGGAUGGGAUAUCCUGGACCGCCAGGGGAGCCGGGACAAGCUGGUGCUCGGGGCGUCGCUGGGCCCCAAGGUAUACCAGGUAUAGCAGGCCCUGCUGGUGCUCGGGGCGUCGCUGGGCCCCAAGGUGUACCAGGUAUAGCAGGCCCUGCUGGUGCCCCGGGCCGUGCGGGGCCCGCAGGAGCAGAUGGGCAGCUUGGUAGACCUGGGGCCGCAGGCGUUGCUGGAAAAGACGGAAGGGAUGGCUGUGACGGACGUGAUGGACGAAAUGGCUCUGAUGGACGGCCUGGGAGAGAUGGAGAAAGAGGGCCGCCUGGCAGAGAUGGUGAUCGAGGACCUGCUGGACCAUCUGGGCCUCCUGGGGCACCAGGUGUGCCUGGUCAACCGGGUGAAAGGGGCCUCCAAGGUCGUGGCGAACAAGGACGUCCGGGCCCGCAGUAUGUUGGCUCUUCUAACUACUGACUUCGCAGUUCGAAAAGAUACUUACAUCAAACAGGGGCGACGAAGGUCCACCAGGGCCCAAGGGGGAUCGAGGCCCCAAAGGUGACCCUCUUCUGAUGAUUCCGAUGUAAUCUAGCUGAACGGAAUGGAGAAAAUGUUCUUUCUCGCGGCUUGGAGAUAAUGAUGACUUGCAAGAGAUAAUCUGAUGAGCAUUUGAUACAUGAACCAUAGCGAAUGACCUGACCUCAUUCGUGGAUCAUCAUUACGUCUCGCCCCUGGACUUCAAAUGGGACAGUAUACGCUCUGGGCCCCUCGGUGCAGUAAAGCACGGCGAUUGAUUCAGUACCGAGCCCUAGAAUAUCCCUAUAUUCCGCGCAAACUCUCUUCAACGCUGCAACACUGGCCGCUCCGCAAGGACCUGCCAUAACCCCUUUA